AUGAAGGUGACUCCUUCUGCUCUCCAUCCUGCAGCCACUCCUCCUGCAAACACCUGGCCCACACUCAAUCCAACCACCAAGAGCACUGACCCUAAGACAAACACCUCUCUCAAUGAGACCUUACCAACAAGCUACAAUCCCAUAGUCACCAAAGGUUGGAAUUACUACUACUACUACUAUGUCACCAUGAAACCAACUCCACCACCGGCUCCGAUUCAAUGUUCUUACAAUGUCUCGACCAUCAAGUUUGGCCUUCAGAUAGACAUAACAAGCUCUACAGAUGGUUUCUACAACAUAACCAUCACUGAAGAGGCACAACCUGAGAAGACUGUCCGGUUUAAUCACUCCAACCAAACCUCGUCACAUGACUUCAAACAUCUGAAGCCUUGUACUGAGUAUGAGCAUGCCGUGGAGUUUAUCCAUGAUGAUGGCACAGUAACGUUCUGUAACCACAUCAGUAAUGUAACUACUGUAGUCACAGAAGAAAUGAAUCGAGGAGACAUUAAAGACGGUCGCUGCGUCUCAGAACAUGUUUGUUACAGGAGUGAUUGGGACAUCGGCUCUUUGAUGUCAGCUUCCAAUAAUGUUAAAGCAAAGCAAUGCCACAAUAACUCUACAGUGUUCUGUAUCAAACCUGGUAUCAACGACUUUUGCACAACCUUGAAUAUGACCUUCACUUCAACAAACUGUCCAAACUCCUCCUUCAGUCACUCUAAAGUCAUCCCUGUUGAGUCUUUGGAUGCAAGUGACAUAAAACUAAAAGUCCUGAUGGAACUUCCUGCUAAAAUAGAAGCAACAUUACCUCCAAACUGUGAGAAUCUCCCCAUCGAUUACACCUGUCUGGAAAAUGGAAACGCCAACAACCCCAAGAAUCUGUCUGAGGUGGAGCCGUUCACAGACUACAGCUGUACGGGUCAGAUCAACAAAAACAAUGUUACCAUAACAACCACACCUGCUGUCAAUGUCUACAUAGACUGUGAUGUUACAACAAAAAUCACACCUGAGAGGGUGACCAACACUUCCAUUCAUCUGAGCUGGACCUCAACCAGCCUGAGAUGUAAAGAUGCCCUUUACAGCAAUCCAAAGUUUGAUUUUGACUGCAGUUGUGUCCCUCCACCGAAACACGGCUCAGGACGGACACCUUCAAAAAGAAGAGGAACAUGUGAAAUUCGUGACCUGAAACCAGACACUGACUAUAAGUGUGAAGUCCAACCUGUCUAUGAUGGCAUGAAUGUUGGCAGUCCAGACUCACGUACAAUAAAGACCGACAUCGGCACACCAGAAGAUAUCCGUUCCCUGUCUGUGACUGUUCAAGAGCAUAAUGUGAUAAAAGUAACCUGCGAACAUUCAGGAAUAUUCAAUGGACCGGGAGAGAAAUACAUCGCUCAUCUCCGUCAUGGUGGGACCACAGUGAAACAUGUAGAUGACACGAAGUGCAAGUUUGAAUUCAGAGACCUGAGCUACUCUACAACAUACCGCCUGGAGGUGGCUGCUUUCAAUGGGAAACAUACAGGCAAACCGGAGAGAAAAGAAGUCGACACUCUCUACAAUGACAAAGCUGUCAUUGGGUUCCUGAUCUUCCUCAUCAUCCUCACCUCUGUGGCCCUUCUGUUGGUCGUCUAUAAGAUUUUCAUCCUGAAGUGCAGACAGUCUCAUGUUGGAGACAUGAUGCUUUACGAAAAUGCAAUUUAUAUGAACGUGCCUAGAUCCUGAUGCUGCCAUGAAGAAGCUCUGAUGAAGAAAGCCUGAUGAAACGUCACUCCACAUCCACGGAGUCAAAUCAUAAUCAAAGCAGUGUUGUAAAUGUUUCUCAUGUGUCCCUAAACUCUGAACUCUCUGCCUCUGGACUUCAAGACGGCGAAUGUUUUGACUUACCUUUUUAAUCUGGCUUUUAACUUGGAGUAAUUUCAUUUAAUGCUAGGACUGCAUUAUUACCAGUAAGACCAAUGUUUUAGCACGUUUUGAUUUUUUUAAUCUCAUUACAUCUUAUUUUAUGGAAAGGAUUUUAUAUAUAUAUAUAUAUAUAUUGGCAUUUUUGCCUGUAUAGAUAGGAACGCUGAAGAGAGAGACAGGACGGGUGGGGAGUAAUGAGCGGGGAAAUACAUGCAUCAAAUGGUAGAGGUUGGAAGUGGAACCAGCGACCAGCGACCUCCUGCGACGAGGACAAUAGCCUCUGUAUAAAGGGUGCGCUUAGACCACUAGG